AUGUUAAAAGCCGCGGCAGUCGCACAAACAGAGGAGGAGGAAGCACCUAAGGAAGAAGUUAAAAAUGUACCUCAAUAUGGCAGUGUAGCUUGGAUUUACUACUUGAGUGAAACAGAAGGACACCUACCGACACCGAUCAAUGUAUCUAUUGCAGCAUCAUUAUACUACCCGUGUCCGGAACUUAAGUGGUACAACUUCGAUGUCUACCCGCAUAAAAUAAAAUUGACGAAUACUGGAUACACAGUGAUACUUGGGGCAAAAUGGCGGACAGAACGUCCAUAUUUGGAGGGAGGGCCGUUUUUAGAAAAACAUGUACUGUCACAAGUCCAUUUUCACUGGGGUAAAAAUAUGAUGGAAGGUAGUGAGCAUACAGUCGAUAAAAGGCGAUAUCCUGGUGAAAUGCAGGUGACAUUUUUUAAAGCGGAUUACAUGACACAAGACGAAGCAUUACGCCACAAUGACGGAGUUGUUAUGGUGUGUUAUAUGAUCAAAUACGGAGUGAAUCCUGACGAACGUCUUAGUUGGAUAAUUGAAGGCUUUCCAAGAAUUCAAGAAGCACAAACACAUACACGGGUUGGCCCGUAUCCUAUGUCCCGAUUGCUUCCGAUGUUUUAUGAAGAUUACUUCCUCUAUUGGGGAGGUUUAGACACAGUGCGGGGUGAAAACUAUGUCGUUAGAUGGCUUGUACCGCGCAAAUCAUUGUUUGCUUCUUUUGAUCAAAUGAAAGCAUUUCGAAAAUUAUGGAACCCUUGGGAUGAACCCAAUCUUUGUAACUUUAGACAAGUGAAAGAUCGCCAAGAUAGGCAAAUUUUAUUUAUUAGCCCACACUGGAAUUUGUACAACUCUUUACUACCAACACCAAGAAUACCCGAAGAAUCUAUUUCAGUACUAUCGUCAAAUUAUCAAAAAAAUCAUUGGAUGUUACCGCCUCAAAAUGCUUACAUGUUACCAAAAGAAGAGGCCACUGAAGACUGA